CAUGUCCCCUCCAGAGCCUAAGCUGUUUAUUCAUGCUAUUGCAACCAUGCGGGAUGCUGCAGAAAGCAGGUUUAAAUAAAACUUAUAGUAAGUUUGAGCUGAGACAAACAUCUAAUAGCUUAGGUUUCAUUGAGUCUUUUAUCUUUUUUUUUUUUAUCUGUCUUAAUCUGGUAGUCCAGAGUAAUUCUAAAGUUAGGGAAAACUCUGGAGUGGCCCUUCCAGAAAGAAAGAAAGAUGGAGCUAACCAGCAGGCUGAUGAUAUGGCAGGAGCUGGCUGAGAGCUGUGGCAUCACUACUUUACAGCAGAGCCUCCAGCAGGUGUGGAGGCUGCUUCUUCUCUGUCUUAUCUGCAGAGUCUGCUUCAGGCUGGUUUCAUCGACUGUGAAGCACGUCAUGUCCAUGUUGACUGGAAUGUAUGGCCUAUUCCUAUUCUUGGAGCUGCACAUGUUGUGGGUGCUGUUGCUCGGUAUUAUCUGUUACCUCAGUCUCGUACUCUGCAGACACUCCAGCAAUAAAGGCCUCUUCCUGUCAGCUGUUAUCCUUGUCUACCUUCUCAUUGGAGAGUUGCAAUUUAUCGAUAUGGGAACCUGGAAUAAAAUACGAGGUUCUCAGAUGGUGGUGGCUAUGAAGGUCAUCUCCCUGGCGUUUGAGCUUGACAGAAGAAACUUGAAUAAUCUGCCAUCCCCUUCUGAGUUCCUUGGAUAUGUUUUCUUCGUGGGUACUGUUGUCUUUGGGCCAUGGAUCAGCUUGUACAGUUACAAAAAUGCACUUAAUGGUCCAAAACUGAACUACUUGUGGCUGUAUAGUUCCCUCCUUAGUCUUCUAAAAAGUCAGAUCUGUCUGCUGGUGUCUACCUGCAUCGCUCCAUAUCUUUUCCCUUUGUUCCUCCCAAUAUAUGGAAACUCUGUAACACAAAAGUGGCUGCGUGCUUAUGAGAAUGCAGUGUCCUUCCACUUCAGUAAUUACUUCGUGGGUCAUCUGAGUGAAGGCACCAGCAUGUUGGCUGGAGCAGGCUUCACAGAAGAGAAAAACAACAUCCAAUGGAAUAUGAGCAUAGUGAAGCCUCUCAGUGUGGAAAUGCCUCGCUCCAUGGUGCUGGUUGUGAUAUCCUGGAAUAUUCCAAUGUCCCAAUGGUUAAAAAACUAUGUGUUUAAAACCUCAAUGAAACUGGGAACUUUCCCUGCAAUCCUCGUGACAUACUCAGCCAGCGCCCUUCUGCAUGGUCUGAGUUUUCACCUGGGAGCAGUUUUGCUUACACUGGGAUUCAUCACAUAUGUUGAACACGUUCUGAGAAAGAAGCUUGCAUUUAUCCUUAGUGCCUGCAUCCUGUCCAGGCCCUGUGCGUCUGACUGCAGACAUCGACACAAGAAGAACGUUUGGGUGCUGUUGCUGAACCUGGUUUUCAGCUUGCUAGUGAUCUUCCAUCUCACCUACUUGGGCUCCAUGUUUGAUCCUGGAUCUGAUGAACAGAAAAUAGAAGAGGUGGCAACUUAUCCACUAAUGCCUGUACAUCUCCCAAUGAAAAAGGGACAUAUUUUGUCAUUCCAACUGAUGAGGUCAACAACGGACAUUGAAAUCUGGAUGGACCGCUCUGGCUACGAGUAGUCAUGGUGUGUGUUCUUCCAGAAUCUUUAAACUGUUUUUCUGUCAUCUGUUGAGAAGCUUUCUCAUAUAAAUCAUGCACUUUUGAUUCCAAUAGUGUAACACCUCUUAAAAAUCUAAGUGUUUCUUGUGCUUCUGUCUCUCUUAGGCCCUACUUCAGCUCUUUUGCUUCAACUUUACACUUUAUUCCACCAAGUCGCCCUUCCUCAUCAGCUUUAAUCAACCAACUUUCUUUAUCCUUCAGAUACCUCUUAUAUUCUCGGUUCAACCAUCUACCUAACGGUUCCCUGUCAUCUACUCCUCCUUCGACAAUCAAUCUCUCCUGCCAUGUUGAACAACUCCUUAUUUAAUAAAUGAUUUCAGGCAGUUUAAAAUGAUUUUGCCCUUCAAGCAGGCGGUCCAUGGGCUGGCCUGGACCCUGUUUACCUUUUUGCAACUACUCCCCAGACCUGAAAAACUCAAAAUUGCUGCAGCAAAAGUUCUGAUGAAAAUUAUAAAGCGAUAUCAUGUUUCUCCUAUUUUAGCUUCCCUU